AGCAAUAAAUAUUAUCUAUCAGUCCACAAACGAAUUGUCACUGACGUCUUCCAGAAUUCGAAAAUGCAUAAAUAUAUUUUUCUAUACGUGCUAAUAUUAUCACUGCAUUUUUCACAAUCAUCAGUGGAGGACGAAGUGAAAGAACUAAUUAAGAAAAUCCAGAAUGCUAUACCAGAACCUAUCAAUUUUUCGGAAAUUAAUAUUUCAGUUCCGGAUAAUAAAUAUAUUUUCGGAGUAUUGAACUUGAGUAGUUGUAAUGUGACUGGAUUGAAGGCCUUUGAUCUGAAAAUCUAUUUUUAUCCUUUUGGCAUAGUACCUUACGGCCUCAAUUUCUACUUGAAAAGCUUUGAAAUAGAUACUGAUUAUGUUAUGAACAUGCCCUUAUUUAAUAUGAAAUGGUUGGCGUUAUUCGGACUAGGAAAUUUCCAUUUAUCUUUAUCUGAUUUGAGUAUGAACGCUUCAGUUUCCAUCGAUCUACAAAAUCCACUCAACAAACUGAAGAUAAACUUAGGUGGUGCGCAGGUAAGUGUAUAUUCUCAAAAAACUUAAUUUGUUCUUUGCACU